AUGGAAAACGAUACCGUGGAUGAUAUUCUUCUCAACCCAUUUGCUAGACGAUCAUUUCAAGAAAAGCUGCUUAUUUCAAGCACACCUGUGCCACAGCCUAAGCUUGAGAACUUGAAAUCGCAGUUCUCCAGAGGAGGGAAAGUUAUUACUCGUAAUUUCAACGUAUCAGCAUACGAUACCAAAUGGUUGAGCGGUUCGAAGGUGCGAAAUAAGCUGUUCUGUUGGCCGUGUUUAUUGUUCCAAAAUCCGGAGGACAAAUGCGUGUGGAUUAAGGAAGGCUUCAAUGAUUUAAAUCACUUGUCAGCUGCCAUUAAGAUUCAUUCGGCAAGCAAGGAGCAUAUUGCCAAUGCCAUGGCACACAGGACAUUUGGAAAAAUCCGCAUUGAUGAAGCAAUGGAUCACGCGCGGGAAGUUUCGAGGAGAAACCAUAAUUUUCAGGUGAAAAAGAAUAGAGAUGGUAUGAAAACUUUGAUUGAUCUCAUCUGCUAUCUCGGAUCACAUGGUCUGAGCUUCCGUGGCCAUAACGAAACCGAAAACUCUGUGAAUAGAGGAAACUACAAAGACCUAUGUGAAUUCAUUGCUACAAGAGAUUCAUCAUUCUUGGAGUUCACUACUAGUAGUCAAGUGUUUUCGGGAAUGUCUGCAACCAUUCAAAACGAACUCAUUGAAGUGAUUGGAUCGUUGAUGAUUGAGCAAAUUUCGCGUGAAGUUGAUGAAGCUGAAUUCGUUGCAGUAAUGGUGGAUGAAACAACAGAUAUUUCCAGGAAAUCACAACUUGCUACCACAUUACGGUACUGUUUAAAAAAUGGUACAACCGUAGAAAGAUUUGUGAGCUUGGAUGAUGUGAGCAGUAACAAAUCGGCUGUGGCACUCGCAGAUGAAAUAGUUGCCUUGCUGAAAAAAUUUCAGGUGCCUGCCACGAAACUUGUGGCACAGACGUAUGAUGGAGCACGUGUAAUGUCAGGUGCGAGCGGAGGAACGCAGGCAAUAUUGAAAGAAUUGGACUACGUUGAAUGUGGUAGAAGUGUGCGAAAUGCUCGAACCAACAUACACAAAUUACGAAAUGAAGCGAAAUUUAAAGUAAUUUGGGAAGAGACCGUAACCAUGACUGGUGGCAAUAGUGACGGAAAGCAGUUCAAACAAUAUUUCAAAACGUACAUCUCGAUUAUCGAUCGUAUUAUCUCCGAAUUGGACGAACGCUUUGCUGAUCUUAAUAAACAGAGCUAUUUAAGCCUACUCGAUUCUACGAAGUUCAAAGCGUAUUGCGAUAAAUUUCCAAAGGAACUUGUUGAUGAUGUUUGCUCACGUUUCUCCAACUUUGACAAAGUGAAGCUGACAAAUGAACUUAAAGUGUUCUACACUAAAGAUGAGUUUGCUGGGAGGAAAGUGGCUGAAAUUAUGAACGUGUUGGUUACAGACAACCUAGAAGACAUUUUCUCUGAGACACAUCGAUUAGCUAGGCUAAUACUAACGCUUCCCUCGACAACAGCAUCGGUCGAAAGGAGUUUCUCAAUUCUAAGAAGAAUCAAAACGUAUCUGCGGUCGACAAUGGCAGAGGAGCGACUCAAAUGGCUGAUGUUAAUGUCGGUCGAAAAUGCCCUACUUCAUCAGUUGAAACUGGAUAGUAAUUUCUUCGAUGAAAUAAUUGAUCGUUUUGCUCGCCGAGUAGAUCGUAGAGUUCAGCUACUGUACAAAUAA